AUGGCUUCUCCUUCUCCACACUCUCUGGCAUUCUUCACUCUCUCUCUCAUUUUCUCUCUCUCCCACUCAUCAAACUCUCCACAAACCUACAUCAUCCACGUGUCAAAAUCUCCACGCUCCUCCCUCUUCUCCACCAAUCAAAACCAUUUCUCCUCCAUCCUCAACACCCUCCCUUCUUCCCCCAACCCACCUCCCAUCCUCUACACCUACACAUCCGCCAUUCACGGCUUCUCCGCCCACCUAACCCCCUCCCAAGCCGACCACCUUAAAUCCCACCCCGACAUCCUCUCCAUCCAACCCGACCAAAUCCGACACCUCCACACAACACACACCCCCGACUUCCUCGGACUCAUCGAAUCCUCCGGAAUAUGGCCAAACUCCCACUUCGCCUCCGACGUCAUCGUCGGCGUCCUCGACACCGGAAUCUGGCCGGAGCUCCAAAGCUUCUCCGACCAGUCCCUCUCUCUCUCCACUCUCCCUUCCUCCUGGAAAGGCACCUGCGAAACCACCAAAGAUUUCCCUAAAUCUUCAUGCAACAACAAAAUCAUCGGCGCUAAAUCUUUUUACAAAGGCUACGAAGCUUACCUUCAAAGACCCAUCGAUGAAGCAGCCGAAUCGAAAUCUCCUCUAGACACACAAGGCCAUGGAACUCACACAGCUUCAACCGCAGCAGGCUCAAUCGUUGCAAACGCGAGCUUGUUUCAUUUUGCUAGAGGUGAAGCUAAGGGAAUGGCAACAAAAGCUAGAAUCGCUGCUUACAAAAUCUGUUGGGAGCUUGGUUGUUUUGAUUCUGAUAUUCUUGCUGCUAUGGAUGAAGCUGUUGCAGAUGGGGUUCAUGUGAUUUCACUCUCUGUUGGUUCUAAUGGUUAUGCGCCUCAUUAUUAUCUUGAUUCGAUUGCGAUUGGUGCUUUUGGUGCUGCGCAGCACGGUGUUGUUGUUUCUUGUUCUGCAGGUAAUUCAGGUCCUGGUCCUUAUACUUCUGUUAAUAUAGCUCCUUGGAUUUUAACUGUUGGUGCUUCCACGAUUGAUAGAGAGUUUCCUGCUGAUGUUGUUCUUGGCGAUGGUAGAAUUUUCGGCGGUGUUUCUUUGUAUUAUGGUCAUGACUUGCCUGAUUAUAAGCUUCCUUUGGUUUAUGCUAGUGAUUGUGGUAGUAGAUAUUGUUACAUAGGAUUUUUAGAUUCUUCGAAAGUGAAAGGGAAGAUUGUUGUUUGUGAUAGAGGAGGGAAUGCUAGAGUUGAGAAGGGUAGUGCUGUGAAAAGUGCUGGUGGGUUAGGGAUGAUUAUGGCUAAUACUGAAGAUAGCGGCGAAGAGCUUCUUGCUGAUGCUCAUCUUGUUGCAGCUACUAUGGUUGGUCAGAUUGCUGGUGAUAAGAUUAAAGAGUAUAUAAGAUCGAGUGAGAAUCCGACUGCUACGAUCGAGUUUAAAGGUACUGUGAUCGGUGGUUCGGAUUCGCCUUCUGCUCCUAGAGUUGCUUCGUUUUCUAGCAGGGGUCCGAAUUAUAGAACUUCAGAGAUUCUUAAACCAGAUGUUAUAGCUCCUGGUGUUAACAUUUUAGCAGGGUGGACUGGUAAAGUUGGUCCUACUGAUUUGGAUUUGGAUCCUAGACGAGUCGAGUUUAACAUAAUUUCAGGUACUUCUAUGGCGUGUCCUCAUGUGAGUGGAAUUGCUGCAUUGCUUAGGAAAGCUUAUCCAAGUUGGUCACCAGCUGCGAUUAAGUCAGCUUUGAUGACAACUGCUUAUAAUGUUGAUAACUCCGGCAAAGCAAUUAAGGAUCUUGGAACAGGUAAAGAGUCUAAUCCAUUUGUUCAUGGAGCUGGACAUGUUGAUCCUAACAAAGCACUUAAUCCCGGGUUGGUUUACGAUAUAAGCAGUAAUGAUUAUUUAGCAUUCCUUUGUUCAAUUGGUUAUGAUGCUAGGAAAAUUCAGGUUUUCACUAGAGAACCAACUAGUUAUAAUGUUUGUGAAAACAAAAGGAAAUUUUCUAGUCCCGGCGAUUUGAAUUACCCUUCGUUCUCUGUUGUGUUCAGUGCAAACAACGGAUUGGUUAAGUAUAAAAGAGUUGUUACUAAUGUUGGUGGUUCUGUUGAUGCUGUUUACACUGUCAAAGUGAAUGCUCCUUUCGGCGUUGAUGUUAGUGUUUCACCUAGCAAACUUGUUUUCAGUAGUGAAAACAAAACUCAAGCUUUUGAGGUCACAUUCACUAGAAUUGGAUAUGGUGGUUCUCAGAGUUUUGGGUCACUGGAAUGGAGUGAUGGAGUUCAUAUUGUGAGGAGCGCAAUUGCUGUUAGAUGGGGCACUGGAUUCUCAUCAGCAUCCUUUUGA